GUAUCUAUGAUUGUGUUAUAGAAACUGUGAAUAAAAAAGAAAAAGGUUUAUUUUUUGUCUAUGGUCAUGGAGGCACUGGAAAAACUUUUUUAUGGGACACUAUCAUAUGUAGACUCAGAUUUGAAGGAAAAAUUGUUUUAGCAGUUAAUUACAUCAUCAGGAAUAGCAUCGUUAUUAUUACCAGAUGGUCGAACAACUCAUUCUAGAUUUAAAAUACCUUUAGUUAUUACUGAUUCUUCAAUUUGUGCAAUAAAAAAGAAAACACAUCUUGCUACAUUAAUUGAGAAGACAUAUUUAAUUAUAUGGGAUGAAGCGCCUAUGAAUCAUAAACAUUGCUUUGAAGCAUUGGAUAAAUCACUUUCUGAUAUUUUAUUACAUUUACAUAAUUCAGAGAAUAAGAUUCCCUUUGGUGGUAAACCUAUUUUAUUAGGUGGUGAUUUUCGACAAAUAUUACCUGUUAUACCUGGAGGAACCAAAGAAGAUAUAGUAAAUGCUUCUUUAAAUACUUCUUAUUUAUGGUCCCAUUUUAAAAAUUUUCAGUUGAAAGAAAACAUGAGAUUAUCAAGAAGUGGAAUUAGAGCUGAAGAAAAACAGAACAUUAGUGAUUUUGCAGAUUGGAUUUUACAAAUAGGUGAUGGAAAAAUUAGUGAUAUAACAGAUGAAAAUAAUUUGAAUGAUAAAGACACAUCUUUGAUUAAAAUACCUACAGAUUUAAUAGUUCAUGCUUCUGCAAAUCCAAUUUCUUCCAUUUUUUUGGUGACUUAUCCCAAUUUUGAAACUUCUUUUACCAAUUUUGAUUAUUUAAGAGAAUGCACUAUUAUAACACCUCGAAACACAACUGUUACAGAUAUAAACAAUUAUAUAAUUGAAUUGUUACCUAGAGAACAACAUGUGUUUCUAAGCUACGAUUCGUUGUGUUCUUCCAAUGGGAAUGUUGAAAAUUUAGAAGCAUCAUAUCCUGUUGAAUUUUUGAAUAAAUUAGAUUUCAAUGGUCUACCUGCACAUAACUUGACUUUAAAAAUAGGAAUGCCAAUUAUGCUAUUACAAAAUCUGAAUCAAACUUUCGGUUUAUGUAAUGGAAUUAGAUUAGUUAUUACUCAAUUAUUUAAUAAAAUUAUUGAGGCUAAAAUACUUACUAGAAACAAUGUUGGUUACAAAGUUUUCAUACCAAGGAUCACUUUUGCAGCAACUGAGAAUAAGUGGCCUUUUGUUUUUAAAAGGCGUCAAUUCCCAAUUAGACCAUGUUUUGCGAUGACUAUCAACAAAAGUCAAGGACAAUCUUUGAGACAAGUAGGAUUAUAUUUUUCUGAACCAGUUUUUACCCAUGGUCAGCUAUACGUUGCAUUAUCUAGAGUAACAUCAAAAGAAGAUCUCAAAAUUUUGAUAUCUCAUGGAGAAAAUGAUGUUAAAAAUUAUACUGCAAAUAUAGUCUUUAAAGAUGUCCUUCAAAAUUUACAGUCAAAUUGUUAACUGUUAUGCUUACCUAUGUUUUGUCUAUACACAAUGAGUUAUAUGAGCAGGCCAAAGAUAAUGUACAAAACAAACAUUAAACUUAGGUAGUCAGCCUGUUGAAUCUCGCUUACUUGCAGAGUUGAUCACCUACUUUGUUUCAUAUGGAGGUACAUUCCCAUAACAAUCAAUAGUUUAUUUAAAAAAUUAUAAUUUAUUGCUUUUUCCUUAUAUGUUUGCCGCUUAAAUUAAAUUUUUGCUAACACUUCUCUUCCGAGGAACUGGUUAUUACUGAUAUAUAUCUGCAAUGUCUGCUUUUCACCUGGUCGCAAUACAUGAUUAACUACUUCCUUACUCAUAAAUGGAUUUAGUUGGACAUCCAAAGGUAUUAUCAAAGAUGUUGUAACCAAAAUUGUUAAUUCUAUCUAUUCAACAUUCUUAUUAUUGGUUAGAUAGGUUAAACAAUUGUACAAUUCAUAUUAUCUUCUUCUGCUCAAUCAAAGGAUAUCGGCGAAAUAUAUCUAUCAUUAAAACAUCUAAAUUCAUACUUUUGGAUGUUCAUCUUAAAUUCUUAAAACGAAUAACUAGGUAGUUUACCAUCUAUUUACAACAGGUGAAAAGAAGAAAUUGUUUGUUUAUAUAUUGGUAACAGUCAGUUCAUUUGAAGAGAAAACAUGGACAUGAUGGUGAUACCGCAAAAAAUCAAAGCACAAACAACUCACUGAUUCAUAUCUCUGUAUACCACAGAGACACUAAAUAAGGCAUAUCUGAUCCAUCUCUGAACAUCAUUUGUUACUAUUUUUACAAUUAAAAAAAAACAUGAUUCACUUGGAUCCGUUUCUACAACAUGUUUCACAUUUUCAGUUCAUUGUAAAUAAUGCUACUUUGGUUACUUUUCUGUUACAUUUAUAUCCCUCAACAUUUUUUUCUGCGUUGAAACACCUUUAAACCAAUGUUGAACAACGAUGGCUCCUCUAAAACCCAACUCCUUACGUUGUCUGAUCGAGAUUUUGCCCUAAUUUCCCGUUGAUAAUUUUCGUUUUUUGGUUAUUUCCCAUUUUUUGGUUAUUUCCCAUUUUUAACCGAUAGGUCUUUCUACGAACUUGCUGUGUACAAAUUUUUUUUUCCUUCUCUACACACUAUGAAUUUCUCUCAUUUAAUUACAGUAUCAUGUGAUUACAACUUUUCCUGUAGUUUUUAAAAUCUCUGACAGUAAAUUUAUGUCACUAUUGACAUUCUACAUCUCUCUCACUUCCAAAAAUUACAAGGUAUGUUACCAUUCCUCAUUAUAUGCAUAUUUGUGAUGUCGAUAAUUUUAACAAACAUCCAUUAUGUCACCUGUAUCCAGCUAAAAAACCUAGAGUUAUAUAAAAACACAAAACUACACUAUAACAAAUGAACAUACUUUAACCAGCUCAUUUCCACGUUCAUUCGUUUAAUUAAAAUGUUGUUUCAUAACAGGUUUGACCCCAAUUUUUUCGUUGCGUUAUAACAAUGUAAUUCUUGCUUGCACAAACUACAAGGUUUAAAACCCGCAGCAACGCGCGGGCACCGUUGCUAGUAUAUACUAAAAGAGUAACAUUCAACUCAAUUCCCAUUGUAUCCUUUUAGACUUAGAUUAUUGUUACCUCUACAGUGGAUUACCGAUUUUGUCCUCGCCCAUUUUUCUUUUAUUUCAACUUUGCCCCUUUUGCUUUGCUGUCAAAUGAAUAACGAUUUUGUGACGCGUGGGAUCCUCGACCGCUUCCUUCCGUCCCUCCUCACCUCAUCCGGCAAACCUUCGUCCCUCUUCACCUUAUCUAACACCAUGAGCCGGAAGAGAGACAAACGCUACUUCUCCCGCCACGCCCCCUACUUCGGGUUGAAACACCGUCGUCCCUACCGUGCCGCCGACUCUGCUCAAGCUGCCAUCGCUGCCUCUCUCGACCCAUCAUUCAGUAUCACCAUCGAAUCCAAAAAACUGCAGGUGCUUUGGCCGACAGACUCACUUGCCUAGUGGCGGAAGGGAGUUGUAGCUGGUGCUGAAAUUAGAGAUUCCGGUGCCAGGUCGUCGGCAAGUUCGAUCACCGCUACCACCAGUUCACGCAGGCCUCAUCUCUAAGCUUUGGGAUCUGUAGACUGCUAAAACUGCAGAGGCUAGGUCAAACGCCGCAGCGGCCUCGCUCUGUUUUCCAAAGUCCUCUUCACUUAAGCAUGCUCGAUGAGUGCUGCAGCACUGCCAUCCCUAAAUCAGAAGAUAGUUGGAAGAAGGAAGAAGAAGAAGGUCGUGGAAUAUCGAAAGCUUUUAGCUUUGUGAAGGCACUAUGUUUCACUGAAAUUCAAAACAAAGGUGAAGGCGAUAUCUGUAUCCUUCUACACAUGCAUUUAGGAAACUUCGAUGAUUCACCUAUAUUCCACCAACGGAUUUGUUUGAAAACUAGCAGGAAGAAAGAAUGAGACGGUUGGAGUUCAGAGUUAAAGUUUACUUUGAUGCUAAUAGGUUGGAUCACUAGUUGAAAUUUUCAUUUUGAGAUGUAUAUAUACGUUCGCUGCUUACAUAUAAAUUACUUUGUGUACCUGCAACCACUUGCUUGAUUGCCCUGUUGUUUUGGCUGCUUACUCAACCUUUUUAUACGUAGGAGAGAUUUGAGUUUUAUCAUUACAACUAAAUGUCCAUAGACACAUGAUACAGAUUGAAGCAAAGUCAAAUUUAAAAUGGUAUGAAUCAGGACAGCUGCAAACUGUGAUUUGCAGACCUUAAAACGGAGAAGUAACUUCUCGCUUCGCUUCGGCAGCAUAAUCCAGCUUUUGAGUUCAGUUUUCAGGAAGCAAAUCAUUGAAUACACACGGAAAAUUAAAAGAGUUUUAGUUUUUGAAUUCGUAUUCAAUGACUUUGAAAUGGAGAACUUGGUUGAUUGAGACAGAGAGAAUCCGACAGCUCCAAACUAUGAUCUGCUGAUCUCGAAAUGGAGAAGUUACUUCUCGCUUCACUUUCACAACGUAAACCAGCUCCUCAGUUCAGUUCUUAAAUAUGAGGUUUUUCAACUACCACUUUUCUGUAAUAAAACAUUUCAGCAGUACUUGCCAGGAUAUCCAAUUAAUUAGGUAGUUUUUGUUUAAUUGAGAUUCUUAAUUUCAUACUAUGGAUUUUAAUUUGAUUGGAUUCUAUAUUUUCGAAACUCAAGGUAAAAAUUGUUACAUAGUUUCAAAAACAUAGGAUUAGUUUCAUAACUUUAUGGGUUGCUUUGUUAUUGUUUUUGGUUGCAGAUUUAAUCCCUUGAACUUGAAUUGGAUCACUCUAUGGGACUUUGUGUUGUUUGGCUUCUUUCUUCUCUCUUCACAUUUCUCUCACUCCCUUGCUCAAUAACUUUUCACCAUUUUCGAUUCUUUCUGAGAGUUGAAUGAGAUCUGGACAGUCACUUAAAUUCAGGGUAGCUGUAUAAAUCCUCCCGGUUUUUUUUUUUUAAAUAUUUUUCUCUGUUCUGUAGAUUUCACCAAACAGCAGAGAAUAAAGUGGGCAUGAUCCGUGGAGAAUUCUGUUUUUUCCCAUCUUAUUCCAUAAAACUGAAUUUUCAGUUAUUUAAAGAUCUGAAUUUUUUCAACCAGAUGCUGCUGGGUGUAAUGUUUUUGGUUGGUGCUUGCUUGCAACCCAAUUUGGUGCUAUAAAGUUUUGUGUUUUACAAUCUGUUCAUGUUUAAACCUCUUCCAAUUUUGCAAUUAUGUGUAAAUCUUGCAGGUCAAGAUGGGACACCUAUCUGGGCAAUGUCUGGAUGUCUAGGCUUGGGUGGAGACUUGGAAUUAUGGAAGAGGUGAAGUAGCUUAGCUCUAUCUCAUUAGCUCGUAUCUGUUAUGUUUAAGCUCAUUGGUACUGGCUCUGAGAUUUUUCGAAACUCUCCGUUUUCGAAACUCUGAAGCUUAGAAUCCCAUUCAACCACAAGGAACUAGAAUAACUGAAAAAAAAAAAAAAUGUUGUCUUUGGUGUCCAAAAAGAAGCAUGUGCAAUCCUCUAAUUUUAUUAAUGUAAAAGAAGUGAUGCAAAUCCAGUAAAAGUAUAAAUAAGAACUAUCAGUGCGAGAAGCAUAGGAAACCAAAGCUUACAAAUCCGAUGCCUUUUGUGUAUCACUGUCAUAUAGGCAAAUUUGUUAUGUGUGAUGGUGUAUUUACGCAUGACUGAAAUGGAUGAUGUAACAAUUUAUAA